UAAAAGAGUUGGAAGUUGAGUAUGAGAGAUUUGCCAAAAGAAGAAAACUUGGAUUGGCUGCUGGUGUGUGCUUGUCACCCAACAAAAGCCCAUCGGGUGGUUUUGACACGUUGAGCAUCAAAUUUGUGGUUAAGCGCAGAAAAUAUGUAGUAAAGAAAAAACUAAAAAGGUACAUGUUUUGAGACUGAGAAGUGAGAAGAAGAUAGAGAGAAAGGGGGAAAUAUGUACGCAAAGGCUUGCAAAAGGCUGUGGCAGUCGCCAGGGUGAAAUUUAUUUACACGCGUGACUCUCUCUUUGCUGUGAUUGCUCCCCUUUCUGUCUACAGACUUCUCGCUGGCAGAGAGCUGAGAAAGCAAAGAGCAGAGGCUGAAGCCCACUUCCUGGUACCCUCUUUGGGUGCAACAGCAUUACAACACCACCUCUCAGACUUGCAGAGCCUUAUCAAAGGUAGUGAAAGUUAAGGAGAAAGAGAAAGAGAAAGAGAGAUAUGGAUGAUAACAAAGAAAAGGGAAAAAAUAUGGGGGAGGAUAAGGAUAACAAUCUGACCACGCAUACCCGUAUACAAGUUGACGAAGAGAAGGAGGAAGAACCAAACCCCACCCUGGUUCAAAAUGUGGAUUUGAAGAAGGAGAAAUGCAUUGAUGAAUUCCCUGUUGAAAACCAAGGUCCGGUUGAUUCUGCAACCUCCACUCUUGAAACUACUAAUGAUGGUAAUAUCACUGCCAAUGAACUAACACAUGGCAACGCUGGAACUGAUAUUAAGGAAAUAAUACCAUCAAAUCCGCUGGAAGCCGAUUCACCCUCUAAGAGGUCUUUGGAAAUAGCACCUGAGGUUGGUAAGAAAGAUGAUGACAUUGAAGAAACUGAUGGUAGUGAUCUAAAUCCUGCCAAUCAGCUACCUCCUGAAGUGCCCCGUGAGAGGUCUAUGGAGACCGAGGCCAAAUAUGAUGAGAAAAGGCAUGAAUUGAAUGUUGGUAUGAGCAACAUGGAGUUGUCUCCAAAUAGAGAGAUUAAGGAGCAAGUAUCAAAACUGAAGUUGGAUUUAGGACAUGAGGUUGGUAUGAAGAGCUCAGAGCAGUCAUUUCUUUUAGUGCCGGAUGGGGACCAUGGGGUUGAGGGUUACGAAUCGGGAACAGAGGAUGAGCAAGCAGCAUUCAUGAUGGAGGUAGAAAAUUUCUGCAAAGAGAAGAGCUUGGAAUUUAAGCCCCCAAAGUUCUACCAAAAAGAAUUGAAUUUGCUCAAGUUAUGGAGAGCUGUAAUCAAACUUGGUGGCUACGAACAGGUGACAUCGUGCAAGUUGUGGCGGCAAGUGGGACAGUCAUUCAAUCCACCAAAGACCUGCACUACUGUCUCUUGGACUUUCCGAAUUUUUUAUGAGAAGGCACUACUUGAAUAUGAAAAGCAUAAAAUGGGUGCUGGUGAGCUCACGGAGCCUACUAGAGUAAAUAAUCAGGUUAGUGGUAGUCAAGCUAUAGGAUCGGGUAGGACACUGAGGGAUGCUGCAGCUCGUGCAAUGCAGGGUUGGCACUCUCGGCGUCUUUUUGGUCAUGGUGAGAUUGGUGACCUAAUUGUCAAGGGGAAGAACUCGAGUUCUAUGCCAAAGGUUGACAAACAGCUUAAAAAUAUUGGUUUACUAAAGCGGAAGCAACGGUCCACUGUUGAGCGUAAUGUCCAAGUUGCUCACAUUAAAGUGACAAAGCCACAAUUGGAAACAAUGGUCGUUGAUGUUGGGCCCCCAGCUGAUUGGGUGAAGAUCAAUGUUCAAAGAUUUGAUGACUGCUUUGAGGUGUAUGCCUUAGUUCCUGGGCUUCUGCGUGAGGAGGUUCAUGUUCAGUCUGAUCCAGCAGGAUGCUUGGUUAUAUCUGGUCAACCAGCGGAACUGGAUAAUCCUUGGGGUGUCACACCUUUUAAAAAGCUUGUCAGCUUGCCUUCCAGAAUUGAUCCGCAUCAAACUUCUGCUGUUGUGACGCUGCAUGGCCAGUUGUUUGUGCGUGUGCCAAUCGAGCAGUCAGAUUCAUAGAAUGUGGGGAUGAUGGUCCCCUUGCCCGAACGUGGAGAUUAUGCUUCAGUUAGUAUGUAGAAGAUGAAUUAACUUUAUGCAGAUGAUGAGAAGUUGAACUUUGCCGUGUAAGUUUUAUUUGUUUAUUUUAUGCUUACAGGUGAAUCUCAAGCCUACUUGAUUGAAUGCAUCUGCAUUUACAAAAGUACUGUACUUAUGAUAGGACCAUAUAUAGGGACAGGCUGGCAUAUUUAUGGCAUUGUGCAUUACUGACUCCUUUUAGGAAGUUAUGAUCUUUACUUCUUGGCUUCAAUUUUCUUA